AUGAGUGCACGGCGCAAAGCGGUUCUGUUUGGGGACGCCGCGCACCAGUUCCACCCGUUCAGCAGCCAAGGUGUGAACGGCGCCAUCGACGACAUCGUCGAGUUUGUGCAGCUGCUGCAGGAACACGACAACGACGUGGGCGUGGCGGGACCGGUCUACUCGCAGCGGCGUUUGGACGCGACCAAGCCGGUGGUGGCGGAGGGGCUGCUCUUUGCGUCCAAGUUCAAGUCGACGCCGUCCAACUCGUGGAUGCACGUGAAGGCACCAGUGUUUGAGGUGUCGAGCAGCCAGUCGACGGAGCCGCUGCGCAUGGCGCCGCUGUCGGUGUUGCGGGAACGAGCGUUCAACUACCGGUGGGCGACGGUGCCGAAAGGCGUGAUUCCGCUGACGGCGGCCGACCCGGACUUUGCCUGCAGUGACCGCGUCGUCGACUUUCUCCAGCGCGAAGUGGCGACGAGGGUGUUCCCGUACGCGCCAGCGAUGGGCCUCAGCGAGUUCCGACAAGCCAUCGCGAGUCACUUUUCCCGCCACCGCGCCGUGUCCCCAGACCAAGUGUUGGCCGUCAACAGCGCCGCGUCCGCCCUGUCCGUCGUGAUGAACUACCUCCUCGGCCCCAACGACGCGAUCCUGAUUCCGGACCCUGUCGACUUCUUGAUUCCACUCACAGCCCAGAAGACUAAGGCCCGGGUCGUACGGUUUCCCGUCACGCGCGCCGGCCUCGACCUGGCGGUGCUGGAGGCCCACUACCACCCGAGCAUCAAGUUCUUGGCCAUCUGCAACCCACACAACCCCCUCGGGUUCGUCUACUCGGCCAACGACCUGCACGCCCUCGCGGCGUGGGCCACCGCGCGAGACGUCACCAUCAUCUCGGACGAGGUCUGGUCCGACACGGUGGCCGACAAGCCAAGCUUCCACAGCAUGCUCACGUUCUACCCCAAGACGUGGACGGUGUACGGGUUGUCCAAGGGGUUUGCCUUGGCGGGGUUUCGCGUCGGUGCCGUCUUGGCUCCGUCGGCGGACGCCGCGCACGCGCUGGCGGACCACGGUGGCUUCUUCUCGACUGUCGAGGGGGUGUCCAGCAUGAGUCAGAUGGCGGCGGUGGGUGCACUUCGGCACGGCUUGGGAUGGAACCAGGCGUUUGCCACGCAUUGCCAAGCUGCGACGGCGCUGGUGGCCGAGGCGUUGAACCGCACGGGAUGUUUUGAGUGCGUGGUGCCGCAAGGGACGUUCUUGGUGUGGGCCAAGAUGACGGCUGCGUUGCCGAUGUCGUCGGAGGAGGUGGUGCAGCGGCUGCGGGACGACGCGCAGGUCAGCGUCGUGCCGGGUUCGGAGAAGUUCUUUGGUCCCGCCGCGUCCGGGUACAUUCGCAUCAGCUGCGCGACCGACAUGGAGCGUCUACAGUAG